AUGAACAUGACAGCUCGCCAAGCAGUGAGGCUGUCAUGGCGGGCAGCUUAUAAAUCAUGCCAGCCAGCUCCAAUACGCAGAAACAUCUCUACGGGCUGGUUUCCUCGCUCCAAGCAAAUGCACGCCAAUUCUCUGUUUUUUGGAAGUGCUGCCAUAACAGCAACAUCAGCAAUAUUAUUAGCAUACCACUAUCAUCUAAAUCCAUCUAUAAUAUACGCUGAUGCUGCUCCUCAACAUGCAGAAAUGGCAGAUUCGAUCAGUGCUAAAGGAGGACAACGAAUGGAACCUACCACGAAAACCUUGGUACCUGAAUUCAUAAAGCAGCAUUAUGCCGAUAAAUUGGGAGCGUCUAAGAGUGACGAGUAUUGUCACGAGUUUCAUCUUAUUGGUGUUGGCGUCAGAACAGUUACAUUCUUAUAUAUACCCGUCUAUGUCGCCUCCUUGUAUACAAACAUGGCGACGGUGUCUAGUCUACGGUCUCUGCCGAAAUGGAAGAGUGGAUUUAGCAUCGACGGAUUCUUGAAGAAUCAGGAUGGGUGUAUACAGGAGUUGCUGAAUCUUAAGGGUGCUGAAUUCAGUAUUCGGAUAGAACCAGUACGAAACACAAACGGUGCACAUCUCCGUAACGGCUGUCUACGCGCUCUUGACACCAAAUACAACGCCGAGAAGUCAACCAUGACAGAUACCGAACGCAUCGAAAUACGAGCAGCACUAGAUAAAUUCGCAUCUGAAUUCCCAGUUGGUACCGUCAAAGCUGGUCAAGUACUAGCAUUUACACGUAAAGCUGACGGGUCAUUCAGGUUUGCUUUUGAUGGGAAGGAGUUGGUGACGAUCCCAAAUGGAUGGUUGAGUAAGAGAUUUUUUGAGGUGUAUUUGAAUCCUGAGAAGGCGCCUAGUGAGCCUUUGAGGAAGAACGUUGCUGAGGGGAUUGAGAAGAUACUUGGGAAGAACAAGUAG